AGAGAGAGAGAGAGAGAGAGAGACUACCCAUCCCCAGCAGAUCGUAGAGGCGUCAGACGGUAGCAAGAGCAUCCCGGUUACGCUGGUCAGAGGCCCCAUCGACGGUUUGCCGCGCCAGAACCAGCCGAAGGAGAAGUCACCAUAGCCGGGCACACGGUCACAUUAGCAGUCAGUAAUGGAGAGCCUGCUGGAUAAUCCAAUGAAAGCCGUUCUUUACUUGAAGGAGCUCACCACUAUCGUCCAGAACCAGCAAAGCCUGAUCCAAACGCAGCGCCAGCGCAUCGACGAACUCGAGCGAAAGGUGGAGGACCUGAUAGGAGAGAACCGACAGUUGCGGGACCCCCAUCACUACGUCCAGCUGCCCGCUCAACAUCACCACCACCACCACCACCCGACUCACCGCAGCGCAAGUCCCCAGGCGCCGGCCAACCUCCAUCAGCACCCGGGGAGCAACAAAGCUGCGGCUCACCUCGGCCAACAGGCGCAGCAGCAGCCGCCGCCUCCUCAGCAGCAGCAGCAGCAGCAGCAGCCGAUUCCCGGUCUAUCGGCCCAGCCUCAGCAGCAUCAGACCCCUCCUGCGCCGUCGUCCCACCACCCACAGCAGCUGCAGCUCGUACCCACCUCGCCGCAGUCACCCAAAGCGCGCCAAGCCAGCCCGGAGUCCGCCGAGGAGGACAAGAGGAGUCCCUGCUGCAAGUCCCUGGUUCCGCAGACUCCCACCUCUCUCUGCCGCUCAGUUGGACUGGCUAGGAAAGCCGAUAACCAAACAGUGCUUCACCAGUUCUGCUGCCCCGCCCCAGAGGCCCCUGAGGGGGAGACCUCUACUGCCUGUGUCCCCAGCGAUGACCUUCCUCCAGACUCGUCUAUUGGGGAGGAAGGGAAGGGAGGAGAGGGGGAGCUGCAGAGUGAGGUCGAGUCACAACCACAGCCCGAGCAACAGCAGCAAGCAACUCAGCCACAGACUCAACCACCACAGCCCCAGCCCCAGCCCCAGUGUGAGUCCCUACCACAGACUCAGCCCGAAACCAAACCUCAGCCAGAACCAGAACCCGAACCCCAACCACAGCCAGCACCAGCACCAGAGCCUGAGACUGAGCCUCAGCCCCAAGUCAAGGUUCAGAGCGAAGAAGUGGCACAGGACGCCCCUGAAGCCCCAUCACCUUGCAGAGAGGAGCAGCCAAUCGUGCAAGAGAAGGAAACGUUGGAGGAAGUUGUGGAGGCACAGAGAAAGCAAGAGGGAGAGGAGGUAAAGGCCGAGCAGCGUGAGGGUGAGGCAGCACAGGAAGAAGAAGAGGAGGAGGAGGAGGAAGGGGGAGGAGCAAAAGGAGGUGGGGCGGGGAGGAGAGCCAGCCUGCAUCACACGGCCUCGCCUUUGAGGGUACAGCGCAACGGGGCCGGCUCGCACUCUGCCACCUCCGACUAUGAGCUCUCGCUUGACCUCAAAAAUAAGCAGAUCGAAAUGUUAGAGCACAAAUACGGUGGCCACCUCAUCUCCCGCCGUGCUGCCUGCAAGAUCCAGACUGCCUUCCGCCAGUACCAGCUCAGCAAGAACUUUGAGAAGAUCCGCAAUUCGCUGCUAGAGAGUCGUCUGCCUCGACGCAUCUCCCUGCGCAAGGUCCGUGUGCAAAACACGGAAGGUUUCUCUGCUGAAAGGGCUCUGGCAGAAGGCUGCAACUUGACAGGCAUCCCAUUGGUGCGCUCGCCGUCUCUGCCUGCCACAGUUGGUGGCACCCUGACCGACCUGGAAGACUCAUUCACUGAACAGGUUCAAUCAUUGGCAAAGUCUAUUGAUGACGCACUCAGCAACUGGAGCCUGAAGACCAUGUGCUCACUGCAAGAAGGCGGCACUUAUCAGUUCACCGCCGACUCCUUCAGUGCAGCAGCAGCCGCAGCAGCAGCAGCCGCAGCAGCAGGAGGAGGUGGAGGCGGAGGAGACGGAGGUGGUGUGGGGGAGACAGCGAUUCAUCAAGGCCCAGUAGACCCAAGUGACCUGUCAAGAAGUGCAAGCAAGCUGAUGAUGGCGUUCCGGGAUGUGACGGUGCAGUUUGACAGCCAGAACUUCCUUGUUUCAUCCUCAGUCAUAGAAUCGUCCACUGUCACCCUCGGAAGCUGCGUCCAACAAGUAGGAGAAGCCACUACUGUCACGUCUACUUCCACAACAACAAACUCCACUCCAGCCUCCAUUGCUCCUGGCCUCCCACAAGAACCCCCUCCUCCCCCUGAAGAGCUCCCAGCUGAACCCAUAGAUCCCCCCCCGCCCCCACAAGAGCCCCCACCGCCCCCAGAAUCAGAGUUUGAAGAAGACGAGCAGGAUGUUGAAUUUCCUGCUCCUCCUCCAAGUGAAGAAGAGCUUGAGGAGGAAGAGCAGCCUCCCCUAACCCCUCUGGAUAAAAUGGCUGCUCCUCAAAGCCCAGAUGAGGUUGUGGUGGUGGUACCGCCACCCACAGAGCCUCCUCACGCAACUUUCCCGCUGCUGGGGAGCUCGCCCAAGGUGGAGCCGCUGGAGGUCAAGCGGUGCGGCUCCGAGACCGCAGAUAACAGCUCAGAGCAGAUGAGCAGCAGCAGCGCGUCCACAGAGGCACGCUCCACAUCUGAAGCCUCGUCCAAGGAGGCACUGCAGGCCAUGAUCCUCAGCCUGCCACGCUACCACUGUGAGAACCCCGCCAGCUGUAAAUCACCCACGCUGUCCACUGAUGUCAUGCGUAAACGCCUCUACCGCAUUGGCCUCAAUCUCUUCAAUGUAAACCCUGAUAAGGGCCUUCAGUUCCUGAUCUCCCGAGGCUUCAUCCCAGAUACACCUAUUGGCGUUGCCCACUUCCUGCUGCAGAGGAAAGGCUUGAGCCGACAGAUGAUAGGCGAGUUCCUCGGAAACAGCAAGAAGCCCUUCAACAGAGAUGUCCUAGAUUGUGUGGUGGAUGAGAUGGACUUCUCAGGCAUGGAGCUGGACGAAGCGCUGAGGAAGUUUCAAGCGCACAUUCGUGUCCAGGGAGAAGCCCAGAAAGUGGAACGUCUUAUCGAGGCCUUCAGUCAGCGCUACUGCAUGUGUAACCCCGACGUGGUGCAGCAGUUUCACAACCCAGACACCAUCUUCAUCCUGGCCUUUGCCAUCAUUCUGCUCAACACCGACAUGUAUAGUCCAAACAUCAAGCCCGACCGCAAGAUGAUGUUGGAGGACUUCAUACGCAACCUACGAGGCGUGGACGAUGGAGCAGACAUCCCCAGAGACAUGGUGGUGGGAAUCUAUGAAAGAAUACAACAGAGGGAAUUACGCUCCAACGAAGACCACGUCACCUACGUCUCCAAGGUUGAGCAGUCCAUCGUAGGCAUGAAAACCGUUCUCUCUGUCCCUCAUAGAAGACUGGUGUGCUGUAGUCGACUUUUUGAGGUGACCGAUGUCAAUAAGGCCCAAAAACAGGCGGCACACCAGAGAGAAGUCUUCCUCUUCAAUGAUCUCAUUGUGAUCUUGAAGCUUUGUCCAAAGAAAAAGAGUUCCGCAGCCUACACUUUCUGCAAAGCCAUGGGCCUACUCGGCAUGCAGUUUCACCUGUUUGAAAAUGAAUUCUACCCUCAUGGCAUCACCAUCCUCUCACCUUUUGGCUCAGACAAGAAGCAGGUACUUAACUUCUGUGCCCAAAGUGCUGAGGAGCUGCUCAAGUUUAUAGAAGACCUGAAGGAAUCAAUUGCAGAGGUGUCGGAGAUGGAGCAGAUACGCAUCGAGUGGGAGCUGGAAAAACAGCAGGGAGCCAAGACGCACUCAGUAAAGAACAACGGCACACAGCUAGAGCUGCGUGGCAAACAGGCCUCCCCAUCAGGAAACCAGGAGAUAGAUGACAGAAGUGGACACAACGCAGUGGAGGUGUCAAUUCACAACAGGCUUCAGACGUACCAGCUCAGCAGCAGCAGCACGGCUCGGAGUCCCGAGAGUUUGGCCCUUCUUAACCACCGGGGGGAGCUGCUUUUCCAGCAGGGGCCCCAGGGGCUAACCCAUGGGCCGGUGCCUCCACCUCAGCACCCGCAGUUGCAGUCAGCAACAAGCACCCCUGCCCAUCACCUCCACCUCCAGCAGCAGCACCAGCAGCAGCCGGCUGUCAGCAUGGCUGAUCUGCGGCCCGAGACACUCAUCCAGUGUCAGCAGAUCGUUAAGGUCAUCAUGCUCGACAACAGCGGCCACGGACGCAUGGAGGCCUUCCUGAGCCAAACGCCCACUCACCACCACUACCAGCAUCACCACCACAGCCACCACCAGCUCAGCCAGUCAGCCAUGUCCACGCCGGUGCGCUCGCCGGACUGCUCCUAUGGCACCGAUGGCCACCAGCCCCCGCUGCCUCCCCCACCUCCGCCUUACAACCACCCGCACCAGUACAUACCCCCUGACCCCCGCCUCAGUCUACACCGGACCCCAAGUGGCUCUCGGAGCAUGGUGUAAAUAAAGGAAUUAGGAUUCUUUCCCUGAAAACACACACUCCCACACACACUCCCACACGAACCCUACCCCUUCUCUACCUAUUUAAAAGUACAUAAUGCACAUAUAUACAUACAGAUGAAAGAGUUAUAAUGAAAAAAAAGAAGUCUCACCUAUAUGCAUAUUUAAGGAAAAAAAUGAACAAAAAUAAAAAAUUAAGGUUUUAAAAGAGAAACCGAGAAAUAAAGUGCAUAUAUAAAGUUUUACUUGAUUCCACAUGUAUUUUGAAAUAUUAUGUAGUUUUAACAAAUUUCUAUAACUUUUUGUCAGUUUUAACUCUUGCUAGAGAAAGCAGAUAUUCCGUUUCUGGAUGGAUUCCUUCUAGUUCUGGUAUUCAUCACCAACAACAACAGAAAGGGACUGUGAUGAACGGACACAUUUCAAGGACCUUCCGCUUCUGUUCGCUUCUAGCAUCCCAAACCUCAUGCCUACUGUGCUGUAUGUGCACGUGCGUGCAUCGUUGACACUUAAUGAAAAGGUGUGCCAAAAUACAUUAGCCUCCACUAAACACUGGCUUCUUUGCACUUGACUAAACGCUAGGGCUAGAAGAAAAAAAUGAAGAAAAAAAAAACUCCUUUAUUUUGCUUUGAGAAAAUAGUCACACUUCUCCCUCAAGGAGCACAACAAAAAAAAAACAGACCUGAAAUUUCUUUCUUUUUUUUAAAUCUCCCUUUGCGCGCUCUUGCUGAUUUAUUUAUGUGACGGAGAACCUUUUCUCUUCUUCUCUGCUCCCCUUGAAUAAAAAAAAGGGAAAAAAACAAACUUCGAUAAACUGCAUUUCUCAUCGGCUCCUCUGUCGUGUUGGGGCUCUCUACCAUCAGAAAACACUCUCACUCACUUGUCACUCUCCAUAGAUCUUUCUACAGUGAAGUAUGGCGGGAAACAAAAGCAGCUAAUCACGCGGAUUGCUUCCAAAACCUAAACUUUAGCCCAGGAUGGUCCUGUUGAUUGUUGUUUGUUAAUCUCCAUAUUUAAUCGGUAACUCUUCCCAGGAGUACGUUCCACAUGUUAUCUGCUGAUGGACGGAAAGUUUUUCUCACACGAUGAAAUCGUUUAAGCUGCUGAAACUGCUAAAACUACAAUGAUUUACCAUUCACAUGUAAUAUAUGUACACUGUGCUGUCAUCUAUUGUUUAUGAAACGCGUCUUUGCUUUUUCAGAAAAUCACCAUGCAUUUCCAUGAAGAUGCUUCCGCUACAACUGGUUAAAUGUCAAGAUCUGUGUUUAUUUUCUAUUUGUGUAAAACAUAUUCCACCGUUGUGUGUGUUCCGUCAGUGGAUAAAUGCAGGACACCCACAAAACAUCCAGACACUGGCUAUUUAUGCCGCUACAACUCCCAGGUUUUGUUUCAGCUCCUUGUGACUGUUUUCUCUUCCUUCCUAGACUUUCAGUUUGACAUUUUCAAAAAGGCCAAAAAACUACAGACACGGCUUAUGUUGCAAAUGCUGGCAUUAAUGGUAUUGUUCGUGCUGGUGGCUAGCCUGCUUUAAAUAAGAACGGGACAAAAGCAACAUAUUAUCUAAUCUCUUUCCAUUUCACCCCAGCCUAGAUUGUAAAUACCACAUUCAAGCAGUGUCGGAAAGGACAAGCAAGCUACCGCUAGCCCUUCAAAAUGCUAUUGCCCUGUCACACGUCCUUCAUUCUGAAAUAGGGCAGCUGAAUGCGUUCAUCUUUUAAACAUAAGCCCUCCUAGGGACUGUGGAAUGGAUGUUCAGUUAACUCUGCUCCCAUCUGACCCCCACCACGUUUUGUUGAUUUAUAAUCACAGAGCCACUGCGGAGAGGUCUCUAUCUCAUCUUUUCUGUCCUUUUUCACUCAUGGAAAAGAAUGUGUGUGUGUGUCCAUGUGUGUGUCCUCACAGAAGCAUCCUAACGUUCCUGUAAACCAAUGUGACCUCUCUCCAGUUUGUCCCGGUAAUUGCUUUUGUUCAUAAUUCAAUAACAUAAAGAGAAGAACUAGCGCUUUCAAAAUGAGUGAAGAGCUAUUAUGACAAUUUUUAUAUUUUUCCCCGGCUAUGAACGGACUUUUGGUGGUUGCGUAAUACAUUUCAGCAUAUAACAUAGAACAUUCUGAUAUUAUGGAUUUAACAUUGAUGGAUGAUUGUUAUGAUUUAGAUCAACAUUCACAUAUAAAUGUGAUUCUUUUCUCAUGCAUGCUAUCGGUUUAGAGGCCUAUUGAACUGAUUCCCAUUUUUUAUUGUUUGUGCAUGACUGAAUUUAGUGAAAGAUGAAGAUGACACAUUUUUUUGUUUGUGGUUAAACUAAAAAAUAUUAUUAAUCAUGACAGCAAACAGCCCUUCAAAUAGAGAAUGGAUUUACAAUGGCAACCAGUGGCCAUGUUUGUUUCCCUGUCUGUCACUAUCCUUUCUUAAUGGCUGCACAGUUUUUCCUACAUGAGUGUGUCUAAGCAUUUUGAGAGAGAGACAUCCUGUGUGUGCAAAAAAAACAUAAAAAUGAACCACACUGAAAAUCAUGACUUUAUGUUUGAAAGCAAACCAAUGUAGCAUUUUGGGAGUGCAGCAUAUGACAUGGAAGAGCAGUAGUGGCUAACUUUCUUUAAGAAACUGAAAAAAGGGCUCUGCCAUACCAGUGCACUGCUUCAUGGAUGACACGUGGAGCUUGCCUGCCUCUUCAACACUGUGUUUGCUCAAACUAAUUUAAAAAAGUGGAUAUGUUUAGGGUAAGACAGGUGGAAACUGAGUGUAACCGAAAUGAAACAUCACCUCCCUCAGUUGGCUUUGAAUCCCUCUCUACCUGUCUUUACAGUGUACCAACAUGAUAUUAAAGAUGAUUUAAGUCUA